AUGGCAGAACUUGCCCUAGGAAUCCUUGGCGUUGUACCUCUCAUCGGCGUCGCCACCAAGGGGUACAAGCAGGCGAAUGGGAAAUUGAAGGCUUUCCGGCACUGCUCAAGAGAGGCCCAAAAAGUACGAAAGGUGCUCAAAAUUCAGCAGCAAGUCUUUGCCAACGAGUGUUUCCUGUGGCUCAGAUUCGCCAUUGAUGACGACGAGAUCACUUCGGCAAUGGCCUCCGACCCCGAGCACGGAAAUUGGGGCGACCACAGCCUCGAGUCAUCCUUGAGAACGCGUCUCAAGAAUAACUACGAGCCUUGGUUUGAAAUUGUUCAGGAUGUCACCCGAUACCUCGAAGAGCUCGAGAACGGCUUGGAAAGGUUUGGCAUCGAGAAAGAAAACAUCCCCACGGAAGGGCGUCUGAAGAAAACACUCAAAAGGACGCAGGAUGGCGUUAAGAUGGCUUUCAGUGCCAGCGAGUUCGAUACUCUGAUCGACAAACUUCGCUCGUCCAACAACGACCUAAGAGGACUCCGAGAGCAGAUCCGUGAGCUCCACAAGUCAACGACACGCCACCCGAAGGAUUCGAAAGCCGUCAAGCGAGGAGACGAAUGGACAAGCCUCGUCAGUAUACGGGGGGCUUCCAAAGCUCUCCAUGAUACCCUCACACGAACAUGGAACUGUGGACAGCCCGACCACAUGGGCCACGCUGUGAAGCUGUUCGUCGAAACACAUCAAGUGAAUGGCGAGAUACAGAUGAAUCUGGCAAUUGUGUGCCGCAGUCAUGCCGGAGACACGGUUCAAUCGACCCUGGUUCAGUUGGAGGUUCGAUCACAGAAUUUGGAAUGUGUCGAGCCCUUGAGGUUGCCUGGACAAUCGACGUUUUCAGCAGACUGCGAUGCGUCGUCUUCCAAGCAAAUCAAGGUCGUCCGGUUGGCGGAUACAAGAUUGCAGAUGUCACUCCAGGGACAACCAACCCCGCCGGAGGGUGGUCCAUCUACCGCUGCUCGCCUGGACGGUUCCUUCGAUUUGGGUCUGUCGAAAGACAUCUGCAGGGAAUUGACCCAACAGCUCGAAGCAAACUGUAUCGGCCACCUCGUCUUUCAGUCCGAUGUGGCCUUCCGGCACUAUUUCUAUCCCGCCAAGAAAAGCUCCCGUGGGGAACCUCGCCCCUCAUACUCGGAUCGCAGGUCUGUCACCAUGGAUGAGGUCCUUGACGAAUCUUCAGAGGAUUAUUUUUCGAUAGUCGACCGACUGAAACUCGCCCGCUCCUUGGUUUCGGCGGUUCUGAAGUUCCACUCGACUCCAUGGCUUGGCGACUUCUGGAAACUGCGCGACCUGGCUUUUUUCAGAGGUGGGCAGGACGAGGAGGUAUCGGAGGCUCUUCGGAGUUUGCAUGUUGGUAUCGAAGUCGCCCGGAAGCAGCUUGACUCGACGGAUGGCUUUCAGGACGCUUCGGAUAUGCUUAAUCUGUCUCUGGCCACUGAGGACGAGCGGCUAUAUUGCGGCAUCGACAACCUCACUCUGCACAGCCUUGGUGUGGCGUUGCUGCAGAUAGACAGAUGGACAAGGGUCGAGCCGAGCGAUGUCCUUGCAGUCCGCAAAAUGUCAUUGAGAUCUUCGUCGUUGGGACCGCGGUACCAGGAGCUCACGCGGAAGUGUCUUCGAUGCGAUUUCGGCUACGGCUCGGACCUGACCAAGCCGCGGCUUCAAAAGGCGGUCUACGAGAAUGUUGUCGAGGCAUUGGAGACGAUGAUCUCAAGCUUGGAUUUUACAGAUGAUUGA